CUCAUCAACUCCAAAUCCAUCCUGUGUAACUAACAGCACCUGGCCUUUGUGUGCUGUUAUUCGGAUCCUUUAGAUGGUAAUCCGUCCCGCUCUGGGGAAGAGCGGUUGUGAACUUGAUCACGUGACAGGGAACUGGGGCGCGGAGCUUCUCGGCUGCGCGAGCCUUUUCUCGCCCAGAAACGGCUCUCCCGAAUCCCGCAGACAGCGCCAAACACAAGUCAACCCGUCUUACCAAACCGCCAAAAUGACGUUCGCGUGGAAAGCAGCUGGUCUUACCUACAACCGCUACCUCGCCGUCGCCGCCCGCGUCGUGCGCCGCAGCUUGAAGGAGGAGAAGAGAAUUGCGGCUGAGCGCCGGGGCCAGCAAGAUCUGAGGUUCGCGAAGUGGUCGAACGGCAAGCAGGGCGAGAUCCAGAACCUGGCUGCGGCCAAUGCCCAGGCAGCUGUCGAGAGCGCUGCGGCCGGCGGUCACUGAGUUGGAGUUUGGUUUGGGAAGGAUACCUGAGAACGGGGUGGAUGAUGCCCGUUGAGGGGCCGUAAACUUUGGGCGGACGACGCAUCGACAGCAACUUCGUUAUCUUAGGCGUCUGCGAGGGUGUCGGGACUGUAUCAUAUUGGCGGAAGCUCAAUAGACGAGGACGUUGACAAG